ACCGUUUUGUGGGGCGGAGUCUUCGUUCUUUUCUGAAUUUGGGAAUUUAGAACGGACCCUUGGCCGCUGGUUCCAAACCGCGCCCCUGCCCGGCUGGGGGCGUACCCGGAAGUGUCCCUACGGUAGCCGGUGGGGCAAUGCAACACUUCUUACCAUGGGGACCGCAGCGGCUCCCCGGCGUUUCUGCCGCUGCGCUUGCUUUUGCUCAGAGAACUUGUACGUGGCGCGCUACGGGCUGCACGUGCGCUUCCGGAGCGAACAGCAGCUGCGCCAGGACUACGAGCCCAUCCUGCGCAGCCGAGGCUGUGUCAGCCCUAAAGACUUCCAGCAGCUGUUGGGAGAGCUGGAGCAGGAGGUGGGGCGGCGGCGGCGGCUGGGGCCGGAGUCGGCUGCCAGGAAAGCCCUCAUUGCCAGCUCCUACCGCCCAGCACGGCCAGAGGUCUACAACUUGCUGCAGGAGGCCACUUUGGCCCCUGAAUUUCUGGCUGCAGCUGAAUACAGCGCAUCUUCAGGCGCAGACCUUAAGGGCCUUCUCCAGCGGCUGGAGACAGUGUCAGAGGAGAAGCGAAUUUACCGGCUGCCAGUGUUCACAGCGCCCUUCUGCCAGGCCCUGCUGGAGGAGCUGGAGCACUUCGAGCAGUCAGACAUGCCCAAGGGAAGACCCAACACCAUGAACAACUAUGGGGUGUUGCUACAUGAGCUAGGCCUGGAUGAACCACUGGUAACACCACUGCGGGAGCGCUUCCUCCAGCCGCUGAUGGCCCUGCUAUAUCCAGACUGUGGUGGGGGCUGGCUGGACAGCCACCGGGCCUUUGUGGUCAAAUACGCGCCCGGCCAGGACCGCGAGCUGGGCUGCCACUAUGAUAACGCCGAGCUCACCCUCAAUGUAUCCCUGGGCAAGGCCUUCACAGGGGGUGCCCUCUACUUCGGGGAUCUCUUCCAGGUGCCUUCGACCCUGGCCAAGCCCUUGGAGGUGGAGCACGUGGUGGGCCAGGGCCUCCUGCACCGGGGGGGCCAGCUGCACGGGGCCCGGCCCCUGGGCACUGGUGAGCGCUGGAACUUGGUCGUCUGGCUCCGGGCCUCGGCCGUGCGCAACCGCCUCUGCCCCAUGUGCUGCCGCAAGCCUGACCUGGUGGACGACGAGGGCUUCGGUGAUGGCUUCACCCGCGAGGAGCCCGCCACGGUGGAUGUGUGUACCCUAACUUGAGCUUGGCCAGGGCCAGGGUGGCGGGCAAGGAUGGAAAUAAACGCCAUGCAGCCCUCAGCACUUCUUGCUUUGAGAGGACA